AUGAAUGAUUCGUAUGAACCUUUAAUACGAAACCUGAUGGCACAACAACGUAUAUAUUACACAACACAACCUUACAGUUCUUAUAAUACAUCACCAUAUUUUAUCGAUUCAAAUACCAGAAAUAAACAAUACAAUGUGGAUUCUAAUUUUCAACCAAUUUUUACUAAUUUGGUUAGUGCAGGUAAAAAUGGUUAUUCAUAUCCAAUAAAAAAAGAUCAAGAAAGAAAUAAUCGGAACAGGACGCAGCGUCGCAAAACGUCUAGUUCACCAUCUUCUAAUGCAACAACAGACAACAAAGAAAGUCAACGUCAAAAAGAUAAUUCUAGUUGUCACUCACGAUGCACAAAAUGGUUACCAGAGGAUUGUUGUUGCUGGUGUUUUUGUGUGCGUGACAAUCAUAAUGCACAUGAUACAAGUGAUCAUGAUUGCUGCUCAUGUUGUGGAUGUGAUAGUUGCUGUGAAUGCGAUUGUGAUUGCUGUGAUUGGGAUGUCGUUGAUUGCUGUGACUGA